AUGCUGUUCUGCAAGAAACGUUUUCCUGAUCAGUUAAACAAGAAGACCACGCCAAAGCUCCCUUCAGCUUUCUCUGAAGUUCUGGGCCUUCAAAAAAUGCUUGCCUGUCCUUCUCGGCGCAGGGCUGCGUCUCUGGCUUGGAUGCCAACUGGACAGCAUCCAGACCAGACCAAUGCCGCUUUCCAGUCGAUUGAGGCAACAGCCUCUGUCCGCUUUUGCGGGGCACGUGUUGCGCAGCCUUCGCAGCUGGUUCAGUCGGGGUUGCCUGGCACCUGGACGAUGACUCGGCUUUCUGACGCAGCACAGGGCUGCUUCGGGCCCGGAGGCCUGACUGCCUUUGUUCGCUGCGCUUCUUGA